AUGGUGAUUCACAAGAAACCCGAAUUUUUGGCACCCUAUUUUAACGCCAAGCGUCAGAAACUGCUGAAAGAGAUCGAACGGAACGCGGAUCAACGUUCCGCGAUCACUGAGGCCUCGGUGAUCAGUCGUGCGAUGCACGGUCAGAAUCGGCUCAAACAGGAAUCCGACGCGGCGAACACCUCGGACUCGGCCACAGCCAAACCUGUGGAUGAACGGACCCGUCUACUUCCCCCGUUCAAUCUGAAUGCAUCGUGCCCGCAGGACGUGUACCCAUUAGACAAACUGAUCCCAUCGCGUGUGUUGCAAGCUCUGGCCCCGGAGGUUGAGACAUUGGCCGCGGCAUCUGCCCGCUCCUAUCAACAGUGGUCAGAGCAGGGCGUCUAUCAGCCGUGUGUGCUCAGUCGUUUGCUCGCGCUUUCCACUGCUGCCCUGGACGGGAAAGAAGCUGCCCGGACGGGGACGGGUAAUCGGACGAGGAUAGCCCAAUGCUUGGCCCUAACCAGUCACAUGCUUGCUCUCUACGGGUUGCAUUCAACCGACAUACAACGGAAACAGCCCCUACCCGAUACCCCAGUCGUAGUCUCCAAGUAUUUGCUGACCGAGUUCACGGCUAUGAUUAGUCGGGGCGGAUCCAGUUUCCUCAAAGUUCGGUAUGUUGUUAAUAUUUUCUGUUACGUAGUUUUUUCAUGUAGUGCAUGCAAUUCGACGUGGAUCACCGUCAAUUUCAAUAAACGCACCGUUUAA